UCCUCAAAGACGUCAUGGAUUUGAUGGUACGCUAUGUUUCGCCGGUCAACCCGGCCGAGUUCCCCCAUCUGGCCAGCGUGCUGCUACUAUUCGGCACCUUCUUCACCGCCUGGUUCUUCGUGUUUGAAGUGUCGCGCCCGAAACAACCGUCCAAGGAGAGCGUCAUCUUUAAGGAGCUGGCCAUCAGCUUGUUUGCCUCACUGUUUCUUGGUUUCGGUGUGCUGUUUCUGCUGCUUUCGGUUGGGAUUUAUGUGUAACGGAA